AUGUCGUGGGAGCUGCUGCAGCGGUUCUUUGACUCUGAUGUCUUCAACUCGAACCCCUUCCUCCCCGUAUCAUACCUGUCUCGAUAUGCAGACCAUGUAGGAAUCCACUACGUCCUCUGCAACAAGCUGCGCCAGUUCCCCUACGAGGACAUUGAGUUCUUCCUCCCGCAGCUGUGCCAUCUCAUCGUCAGCGUCGACAAUGAGUCCAUGGCGCUCGAGGAGUUUCUCCUCGACCUCUGCGAGGAGUCCGUCACGGCGGCUUUGCUUACCUUUUGGCUCUUCCAAACUUACCUCCACGAUCUGUCCUCAAACCCCCAGUCCACAGCCUUCCAAACGUGUCGUCGAGUCUAUAAUAAGGUGCAGCACAUUGUCUUUGGCCUCAACGACGUUGGCCGCCACGAAAAGAUCAAGGAAAAUAUCCUCCCCGUCACCGUGCUCUCGAGCUUCGUCCUCGCCAGCGUCGCCCUGCCCAUGAUGCCCAAAUGGGCCGGCCCCCUCGCCGUCGCGCAAGCCCGCAAGCCGCAGCCCAUAACCGAUGCUGCGUCAACCGAAGCAGCCGAUAGCACGAAGCCGAGUAAACCGCAGACUACCGCCGCUCUCAACGCGAGACCUAAACGCACCAAGGACAGCCGCGGCGCGAGCGCAAUCGCCGCGAAACACUCCUCGCCCAGUCGCGCCGUCGCGGCCAAAGCCAUCGGCCAAGCGAUCACGGCAUCCCCCAAAUCGAAGCUACAGAAGGAGAUGAAGCGGCCGCCCACGCUGGACAUGACGCAGACCGAGGCCAUGUCAAGCUCAGCAUCGCUCCCCUUGCCUUCGCCACCACAGACGACGAGGCCAGAGACCCCGCCACUGACCGCUGGCCUUGCGCCGCGCAGUCACGCCGAUAGCCUUUUCCGCAGACACUCGCACCACACCAAGAAUGCCAAGGCUGUCAGCGAUUUAACCACGAUACAGAAGACGCGACUGCUACGACAGCAUUACUUCAGAUCUCAGACGCAGUUCCUACAGGCGCUCGAGGACAUAUCCAACCGUCUCGUCAUAGUACCGAAGCAGGCUCGCAUGAGCGCCCUCCGCGCAGAGUUGGCCCUCAUUGCGCGAGAUUUGCCGGCCGAAAUUGACGUCCCUGUCAUCUGUCCGCCAACAUUGGUGGACGGCGCACCGGGCAAGAGCCGACACCAUCGCAUCGUGCGCCUGAACCCGGCUGAAGCAACCGUCUUGAAUAGCGCAGAGAAGGUACCGUAUCUACUCAUGGUUGAGGUGCUCAGAGAAGACUUCACCUUUGAUCCAGACACGCCGGACAACCAGCGACUACUGCCCGAGCUGUUUGGCGUGCGCGGAAACUCGAAGCGCUUAUUUGACCUGUCGUCCGAGCUUCCCAAAUCGGCACAGGCGACGCCGCCGCCCGAGCCCGCCGUGGAUAGCGUGUUUGAACCAACCUCGGGAGAUCUCAGCAGCUCCAAUCUAAUCAAGUCGCUCGACGAGGAGAGCCAGCCGCGCGCGACGCCCAAGCCUCCGCAACCGUAUGGCAACCAGCGCACAUCGAGCGGCGCGACGACUUCCACAACCACCCUCGACGCUGCGACACCGCGAACCUCGGGCGCAUCAAGAUCGCGCUCCAGCAGCCCCGGCUCGCGCCGCAAGAUGACGUUACAGAUGAAUCGCAACGCCUCCACCGACCAGCCCGACUUUUCCGCCCUCGCGACACACAUGCGCACAGCAUCGCAGAUGCUGGCGCAGCUCGACGCCACAAGCGGAAAGCGACCGCGACAGGAGGUCGCCGCCAUCCGCGCCAAGAUUAUUGCGUCGAUGCAAACACUCGAGGAGCGUAGUUUCGAUGCGGACGACCAGGGCCCUACUUUCGACACGAUCAUGGCAAAAGCCAGCACGGCCGCCGCUGCCGCCGCGUCCGCCAGCAACCCGGACCUCAACGACGACGCCCCCGUGGACACGAACCUCAACGCGAGCGCGGGGCGUGAGCGGAUGGAGAACGACUUCAAGACGGGUGGUGUACAGCAGCGACGAGGCGACCGGGACGACCCGAGCGCAGCCGUGUUCGGCGAGGCGUGGGAGGCAAAGAAGGAGCGAAUCCGCCGGUCGUCGCCGUACGGGUGGAUGCCGAACUGGGACCUGGUGAGCGUCAUCGUCAAGACUGGCGCGGACCUGCGGCAGGAGGCAUUUGCGUGCCAGCUGAUCCACGUGUGUCACCGGAUAUGGGUGGAUGCCGGAGUGGACGUGUGGGUGAAGCUGAUGCGGAUCCUGGUCACAGGAGAGUCGUCGGGCUUGAUCGAGACCAUCACCAACGGCGUGUCACUGCACUCGCUGAAGCGCAGCUUGACGAUGGCGUCUGUCGAGUCCGGCGCGAACCCGCGGCGGCGCAUCGCGACGCUCAAGGACCACUUCCGGAAAGCCUUUGGCGACGAGGCGAGCAACCCGCACCGCGCGGGCGUGGACGCGUUCAAGCGCUCGCUGGCCGCGUACAGCAUCAUCUCGUACGUGCUGCAGCUCAAGGACCGGCACAACGGCAACGUGCUCAUCGACAGCGAGGGCCACAUUGUGCACAUUGACUUUGGCUUCAUGCUGUCCAACUCGCCGGGCGCCGUGGGUUUCGAGGCCGCGCCGUUUAAGCUGACGCACGAGUAUGUGGAUGUGCUUGGUGGUCUGGGGUCGCCGGACUAUGAGGACUACAAGAAGCUCUGCAAGCAAGCGUUUCAAGCACUCCGACGAUCUGCAGACUACAUCAUAGACUUGGUCGCCAUGAUGGGAGCAGAGUCCAAGAUGCCGUGCUUCGCCGUUGGCGUGGCCUCGGCAACAAGCGCCCUCCGACAGCGCUUCCAGCUGCACCUCAGCGCCGACGAGGCCGAGCAGUUUGUCGAGAAUGACUUGAUUGCAAAGUCCUUUGGAAGCUACUAUACACGACUCUAUGAUACAUUUCAAUACCGAACACAGGGUAUAUACUGA